AGAAUGGCUGGAAUAAGAAAGAAGGAAAUAAAAAUUGAAAAUAUUGAGAUUAAAGAAGAGAUUCCAGAAUAUAUCCUUCCAUCCCCUUCUGAAGCGGAAACAUCUGCUGUUUAUAUAAAGGAGGAAGAUGUUAAGGUGGAAAUUACUGAAACUAAAGAUGAAAUAGUAAACCAGGAAGAGGAUUCUCUGUUGUCUGAUGUGAGGAGAAAAAAGAGGAAAACAGGAGGAGGAAGAUUUUCUUGUGAUAAAUGUGAGUACGUUGCAACUACAAUAAUUCUUCUGAGCAGACAUGUGAGUAAACAUGAAGAAGGAGGAUAUCCCUGUAAUAUAUGUGAGUACGUUGCUUCCCAUUCAGGUAAUUUAAAACAGCAUAUUGAAAGUAAACACAUAGGAGUGAGAUAUCCUUGUGAUAAAUGUGAAUACGCUGCAACAACAGCAGCUAGUCUGAAAAUACACAUUGAGAAUAUUCAUGAAGGAGUGAGACAUCCCUGUGACAAAUGUAAUUACGCUGCGACUUCAACAAGUUCACUGAAAAGCCAUAUUAAGCGUAAACAUAAAGAAGUGAAAUAUCCUUGUGAUAAAUGUGAGUAUGCUGCUACUUCAGCAAGUCAACUAAGAGAGCAUAUGAAGAGUAUCCACAAAAGAUUGAGAUACCUUUGUGAUAAAUGUGAGUUCACUUCUACUGAAAGAAUUCAUCUUAGUAUGCAUAAAGAGAAUAAACAUGAAGGAAUAAGCAUGCAGUGAGUACGCAGCAAUUUUAAAAUAGACAUCUCAACAGUAAACAUAUAAAACUUCUCAUGAUUUCAAAAUAUGUUCUUUCCGAUCACAAAAACUCUAGUUACGCCAAUUAUAUGAAUUUCUGUUUUACUUGUUUUUUUUUAUGUAUGUAGCCGUCCGUAACAACUCCAAUCUUACCUUAUCUAAUAUAUUUAUUUGUUUUUGUUUUUGUAAAUCACCAUAUUACAGAUAGAAUGGUGGAAACAGUCAAAAAAGAAAUUAACCUUGAGGAGUUUUAGAUGAAAGAAGAAACUCUUCUCUCCGCUACUGUAUAGAACACAUGUUCUGGUUAUAUAGGUUUAUAUAUCUAGAUUUAAUGGCAGAGGCAAUUAAAGAAGAAAUUAAUCUUGAGGAGUUUGAGAUGAAAGAAGAGACAGUUUUCAAGGAAGAAAAAAGCCCUCCCUCCUCUACUGUAGAGAACACGUGUACUAUAUAUGUACAGGGAGAAGAGGAUAUAUGUACUGUAUAUGUACAGGGGGAAGUGAAACCAGAAUUUACUGAGAUUGAAGGGUUUCAGGAAGUAGAUAAACCAUCUGACAAAGAGUUUGAAAUUCUAAACCCGUUACUAGAGAAGGAGAAGAAGAUAGAGGAUAAAGACGAAACUAUGAAGAAAUAUAUGUUUGAACUGCACGAGGAGCUGAGAAAAGAUAUGAAGGAGUUAAAACAAGAUUUGAAAGAAUACAUUGACAAAAAGUUCGAUGAACUCAAGAACCCAGAAAAUCAGGCCCCAGCUUCUAACAUCUGCAGGGUUCAUCAAGGAAUGGUGAAAGGAGAGGAGACUUUAGUUAAUAUAGAAAUAACGAUUAGCCAGUUUUCCAAUGAGCUUGAAGUUUUGAAGGAAGCAAUGAUGCGUUACAAUUCUCCUAGAGAAUUCUUAUUGUUCAUUGGAACAUAUGAAUCUUAUGUCGAUUUAACAGCAGAGAGGUUCAGGCAAGUAUGCCCAACAUUAAAUAAUUUACUACUUGCAACUUUUGGUGGAGUAAACGCUGCCUCAAGACGGGCAGCCAAGAUAGAUAUCUACUCUGUGUUUUACAGAGCAAAGUCCAGAAUAGCAGACAGGAUAAGGAAGAAGGAGAGAAGAAAGGCUGAGAGGGAAAGCAGAGACAAUGGAGAUGAAAAGAAGAAGAGAAUGGUCUAGAAGGAAAUCAGCAAUGAUUGAAACAGCAGUGAAAAUUAUGAGAGAGUUGAGAAAUUUUUUAGUUUAUGCAUCACAUGCAGAUUAUUCAGUAAAAAAUAGCCAAAAUUAAGACAUUUUAACUAAUAAUGAGGAUCAUGUCCAAGUUGAUUAUUUAUUCUAAAGAAAAUAAUUUUAGAAGACGACAUAAGAAAAGUCAAAUGCCGAGUAAUAUUUUAAUAUUGUAAAUGUCGGCAAUUUUCAUGUGCGUUUACCAAGAAAGGUUUAAAUCUAGCCAUCUUUAUCAAUUCUCAGUCAUAUAAUAUUCAAAUAUUGUUUUUCUUUUGUAAAUCCAGAUAAGAUGGCGGAGGCAAUUCAAGAAGUAAUAAACCUUGAUGAGUUUAA